AUGGACGUGCAAUGUAUUAAUAACGAUCAAGAUUGGAAAUUGAUUGUGGACCAAUGCCAUUGUGAAGCGAAAAACGAAUUAUCAUGGCAACAACAAAUUUUUGGAAACAAUUCUCCGAUUCUCAUGGAAGACUCCAGUAUGAACUUGAUGAACGGAGUACCUUUGCUAGAGCCUGCUGAAGAGCCGGAGGAUAAUAUCAUCGCAUCGAUCGACGUCAACAAUUUCGACGAGCAAAAUACCGAACAACAUCAUUCUAAUAAUCAGAUUGGACAAAUUAUGGAUUUUAACAACCAUAAUUAUAACAUUAUUACUGACCGUGACAACAUCGAUUAUCAUUGUGAAAUUAUCGGAACCGAACAGCCUUCCGACAAUAACUUGAAUGAUGCGAAAUUGAAGAGAAAAGAAAAGAAAAAGACAUUUAAGAAAUUGGCGAAGAAGUGCAACGAACAGGAUAGGAUUAGAAAUCGAACUAAUGCGCAAAAUUUUGUAAAAGCCAAGAACAAUUCGGUCCGGAUUAUGGAAAAGUAUUUGCAUGAAUCCGAAAAAUAUAUUCAAAUGUGUCAAGAAAAUCAAUUAUUGCCUUUCAACAUCGAUUAUUGUAUCGAGAAAUCGACAAAUGUACUAAUUGAAAUCAAAGACAUCUUGAAAAAGAAAUUGAAGUAUGAAAUAAAAUUCAACAAUUCACAAUGUGAGCAAAUUGAAAUGACGAACGUUUGCAAGAUGAACAAUGCGAAGCUGGAAGAGUACGAAAAAGAAAUGAAACAAUUGCGUGAUAGCCGUAAGGAUAGAACGUCAAAAUUGAAUACUGUUAGUUGUUUAUACCGCGACAAGUUUUGA